AUGUCCUCCAACUCACUUAUCAUCAGUCUCGCCGCGGCAGACUUGGGUAUUUUACUCGUUUAUGUUCCCUUCUACGUUGCCUAUGAGAUGUUAGGACUUAUCUGGCCAUUCGGUGAGGUUCUGUGUAAGUUCGUCUUUAGUUCCACUCAUAUCUGUCUAUAUGCAUCGCUAGGAACGUUAGUAGGUGUUGCCAUAGAACGAUACUUGGUAGCAUUUGACUUCCGAGUGUCCAAACCAAAAAUCAUCAUGGGUUUAAUCAGUGUAUGGAUCGUAUCGCUGGCUCUCUCUAUCCCUCAGAUGAUAAACCUUCAGCUUGUUAAGAUAGAUGUCGAAGAGUUCCAUGCAGAUGUGGAAUAUGUAUGUGAGCUGGUAUGGCCUGACCCCAUGUACGAACGAGUGCUUCAUCCAGUCGACUUUGUUCUGUUCUACCUUCUUCCAUUAAUGAUUAUUUCCGUGUUGUAUGUGAAGAUCAGCGUCAUGUUACGAUCGGCAAUCAAACAUAGCGCCCCAAAACGCCGCUUUGCAAGGCAAGUCCAGAAAGCCGUUUAUGUCUUGAUCGUGGUUGUUUGUGUGUUUGGAAUAUGCAACCUGCCUAUCUAUGUCCUGCACCUUUACAGGGUGUUUUGGAGUGACCACUGGCUGGGUGUUAUUGACAAGAACCACUGGCUAUUCUCAGUUUGUGCAGCCCUCUAUCUUCUCCCUCACUCUGCCAACCCAAUCAUCUAUGCGAUCUUGGAUAGAAAGUUCCGCAAAGAAGCUCUGACAGUGUUGAAGAAGUGCAAGCCUUUAUCAAUGCCUUGUAAGCCGUGGAGAUUUCCUUGCCACAAAGGACGUGAAGAAUCACCGUCCGAGAUUCCUCUAGAACUUUUGCCUCAAAGUCUUCCUUUAAAUGGUCAAGAAGAAGAGCAACACCUUAGCGGAACAAGACUUUGA